UCUCCAUCAGACCUGGGUCCCUCCUCUAGGAGGCUUCCCCUGACCCAGCACUCAUGGGGCCUGGUCCUUGACCCCACAGCUCCAAUCAUGCCUCUAAUUCUUCUGGGAACUGCCCCCCAGAUUGUCCUGGUGGCUCUGUGGUCCAGGAGCUCCUUGGCUGCUACUUUAGCUCAACCCUGCUGUAAGAGGAAGAAGUCUCCCACUGACCCUUCUCCUCACUGCUGUCUGUCUAGUUGGCUGGCUGUUGUGGCCAGUUGUCUGCUGUUGACCUAGAUUUCCAUGACCAUCCCUGGGUGUCAAGGCUGGCACAGGAAGGGGGAGUGCAGGGGUGCUGUGCCUACCCUACAGAGGCUCCUGAGACCAAAGCCGAAGCUCUGUACCCCCAAACAGAGGGCGGUCUGCAGCCCAAAUGGACCCCUUGGUGGGCAGCAUGGGGGUCUGUCAGUGAGGCUGGGGCCGCAGACCUUGCCGAUGGAGAUAGAUGUCCCUCAGCCCAGAAGCCACCCUUUUUGGUGCCCCAACAUCCAGGCAGCUAGGUGUCUGCAUGGUCACUUAGGGGAGUCAGUAUCCAGGGCGAUGAAGUCAGAGCCAUGGCAGAGGUGGGAGCAUGGGGCUGGUGGGGGAUGUGCCCCAGGCCAUCUGGUGGGCAGGUGGAGAGACCUGGGAGGGAACAUCGCCCUCUGCUCACUUCCAUGUCUGUUGCAUUUACCAGUGUGGGGUCCCUUGGUGGGGCGGGGCAGGGAGUAGGUCUGGCUGAGGAAGACUUGUAGCUUCUGGGGGCCCUGUGGUCUUUGGCCUCUGUCACCCUCAAGUCUGAGUUGCAGAAAGCUCCUUUCUCCAGCUGCCUCCUCCCAAGGGUCCUGUCCUCUCCUCCUGGGGCGCAGGGGAGGAGAGGCAGAGGCAGGUAUCAGUGCCUGAUGGCUGAGGUUGGAGCCCCUAUUCCAUAGCUGCCUGGCUGGGGGCUGAGGUGGAGAAGGAAGCUGGGCUUGAGGUGCAGAGAAGCCCAGGACAGGACUGAGAGUGACAGCAGUGUGCCUUGCUAAUGAAGCCAUAAUGUACUUUCUAGCAAGCCAAGUGUUAACAAGAGCUGGUGUAGGGAGGGACACAAAUAGGCCUUGGGGGUGGCAGAGCAACUGCCUGGCAAGCACAAGGCCCUGAGUUCAAACUCAAGUACUGCUAAAAAAAAGACUUUUGGGGAGGGAGACUGAGGAAUGCCUGGACCUAGGCUCUGUUCCUGUCCCUCAGUCUCUCAGUGUCAAAGUACACUGAGGUGGCUGCCUUGAAACCCACAGCCCCUGAUGCAAGAGGCACAGCUCUCUGUGUGGUCCCAGAGGCAGCAAUUUCUGUGCUGGAGAAAGCUGGUGAGGGACUGAGCUGUGUGGGGUGUUGUCAGUGCUGGCUUCAGGCUGGCCUGAUGCCCUAGGCUGUAAGGGGCUUUGUGGUUUGCUGGUGCAAGGCUAAGUAUGCAGAGAUGACCACGGGGGAGGCAGCAGGAACUAGAGUUUCCUCCCUAGUGACAUAGGUAGCGCUGGAGCCCAGAGUGUCAGUCUAUGACCCCAGUGUGGGCCAAGGGCAGUGGUGAGUGGGGGUCAAGACCCAACAGGCUGAGUAGCACUGAUAGGUGCAGCUGGAGCCCCAGGCAGCUUUUGGGACCUUGCUGAGUGGAAGGCAGGAAGUACCUGCUCCUUGGGGCAGCCUGGAGAGCCUGAAACAGGAAGUCCUAGACAGGGAGGAAGCCCUGGCGGCCACAGGCCCCAGAUGCAGCAGGACUGAUCUGCGGUACAAGCUACGCAGCGCUUGGGGUAACCAGGAGCCUUGGGGCCCACAUGCCUGGGAAAUGCAGGCCAGGGCCCCUCCCUACCACCCGUGAGCUGCAUGGCCUCCCUGGACCCCAGGACGCCUCUCUCCAGCAGGUCAACCCUCUGCAGCAGGUCACCAGGCAGGAGGAGAGCCAUGUGUUGGGUCAGUGCCAUCAGCUUCAUGGCGGCCGAGGAGAUGCACUGGCCUGUUCCCAUGAAGGCCAUUGGUGCCCAGAAUCUGCUAACCAUGCCUGGGGGUGUGGCCAAGGCUGGCUACCUGCACAAGAAGGGCGGCACCCAGCUGCAGCUGCUCAAAUGGCCUCUGCGCUUUGUUAUCAUUCACAAACGCUGUAUCUACUACUUCAAAACCAGCACGUCUGCCUCCCCGCAGGGCGCCUUCUCACUCAACGGAUACAACCGAGUGAUGCGGGCAGCUGAAGAGACCACAUCCAACAAUGUCUUCCCUUUCAAGAUCAUCCACAUCAGCAAGAAGCACCGUACGUGGUUCUUCUCAGCCUCCUCUGAGGACGAGCGCAAGAGCUGGAUGGCCUUGCUGCGCAGGGAGAUUGGUCACUUCCAUGAGAAGAAGGAGCUGCCCCUGGACACCAGUGACUCCAGCUCAGACACAGACAGCUUCUAUGGUGCGGUUGAGCGGCCUGUGGACAUAAGCCUCUCUCCAUAUCCCACAGACAAUGAAGACUAUGAGCAUGAAGAUGAGGACGACUCAUACUUGGAGCCAGACUCCCCUGAGCCCAUGAAGCCUGAGGAUGCUCUGACCCACCCGCCAGCCUAUCCACCGCCCCCAGUGCCUGUACCCAGGAAGCCAGCCUUUUCCGACUUGCCCCGUGCUCAUUCCUUUAACUCCAAGAGCCCAAGCCCCCUGCUGCCACCCCCACCUCCUAAGCGUGGCCUCCCAGAUGCUAGCCUGGCCCCUGAGGACACAAAGAGGGACCCUUUGGGCCUGAGGCGGCCUGAGCCUGGCCUUAAGGUGCCUCCUACCCCCCGAAGGAUGAGUGACCCACCGCUGAGCAGCAUGCCCACUGGGCCCAGUCUCUGGAAACCCCCUUGCUUCCGAGAGAAUGCCAGCUCCAGCCCAGAGCCCUGGACCCCUGGCCAUGGGGCCAGCUCUGCCUCUAGUUCUGUCACUACAGCCACUGCCACCUCCAGGAACUGUGACAAGCUGAAGUCCUUCCAUCUGUCUCCCCGGGGGCCACCCACAUCUGAACCUCCACCUGUACCUGCUAAUAAGCCCAAGUUCCUGAAGAUAGCUGAAGAGACCUCCCAAAGGGACAUAGCCAAGCCUGGACUCUUUGUGCCCCCUCUGGCCCCCAGGCCUCCUGCACUGAAGCUGCCCAUGCCCGAGGCCACAGUUCGGCCUGCAGUGCUGCCCAGGCCAGAGAAGCCGCCACUCCCCCAUCUCCAGCGAUCACCUCCUGAUGGGCAGAGUUUCAGGAGCUUCUCCUUCGAAAAACCUCAACGACCCUCACAGGCUGACACUGGUGGGGAGGACUCGGAUGAGGACUAUGAGAAGGUGCCACUGCCCAACUCAGUGUUUGUCAACACCACGGAAUCCUGCGAAGUGGAAAGGUUGUUCAAAGCCACAAGUCCCCGGGGAGAGCCCCAGGAUGGACUAUACUGCAUUCGGAACUCCUCCACCAAGUCAGGGAAGGUUCUGGUCGUGUGGGAUGAGUCCUCUGACAAAGUGAGGAAUUACCGCAUCUUUGAAAAGGACUCCAAGUUUUACCUAGAGGGUGAGGUCCUGUUUGCAAGUGUGGGCAGCAUGGUGGAGCACUACCACACCCACGUGCUGCCCAGCCACCAGACCCUGCUACUGCGGCACCCAUAUGGUUAUGCCGGGCCCAGGUGACACCUGCCACACAUAACUGCAGGACAGAAGUAGCUGGGGGCCCAUAGCCCCAGGUCACACAGAUGGAGAUGGGCCUGUGAGAGGAUGAGCAGGAGUGAGAGGCGUGCAUGAUGCUAGGCCUCCCCAACAGACACCAGGCCCCACCCAGCACACUAGUCCCAGGGGCUGGACCAGACUGUGGAUUCCAAAAGACUGGCCUACUUACCUGGCCCACCUCACCUUAGGAACCUGGGCUUCAGAACUGAGUCCUGCCUGGGCUUCAAGGGACAAAGUCUGGUCCCAACAGCACCCCACCCUGUUGUUGGCUGGGAGCCAAGCAAGGCUGGGGCAAUCGUGUGGGACCUGGGGCUGGCCCUGGGACCUCACAGGAAUGCUAAGACGCAGGCUCCAGGAGGGGCCGCUGUCUCUAAAUAAAUCAAAUGGUGUUU